UUAAAGAAAUUCUCACGGCUCUAUGAGCUUAUAUAUUGUACUAAGCACAUAUCGUUAAAUGACGAGCUUUCGUACCGGAUUUUCAAGACAGCAAAGAACAUGCUCAUCAAGGAUUUUGCCAGCUUCUUAGGCGACGAGGAUUGUGUGGUUCCUGUCAUAGACCGCGGAUGCGUACAAACAGACAUGGGUGGUGGCCAGGCACCAGUUACUCCAGAGCAAGCCAUCAGUGGAGUGACUAAAGUGAUCGAU